GUUCCCUGUACUAUACAUUCUCCACAAGGUAAAUAUACUAUGACGUGUAAUGCCAAGUGAUGACGUGGCUGCCAGCCUCGAUAAAUCUAAUAAUUAUUUUAAAAUGGUAUUAGGGCUUCUAGCUCCGAGCGGAGAACAGGUAGAGUCUCAAGCGGCGAACGGCGACGGCGGCGAUCGGCUGAUUCGAUUCUAGAGCUGCGCGCGCUCCGCCGGGCAAUGUGUGGAUUGCGCAAUGGCCAAGGCGGCGGCGGCGGCGGCGGCGAGCACACUGGAAGGGCUCCUGGAGGAGGCAAAGAGGCGCGCGGUGCUCUUCGUGCUCUUCGUCUUGACCAUUGCCUAUUGCAUGUCGUUGACGAGCAAUUCGGUGGUAGUAAACAUUCCAAUCGCGAUUGUGCUGCUGGCGGUGACUCGGAGAAUCUCGCUGGAGCUGAUAAUCCGGUGGAGGCCGUCUAGUUUGGAAACUAUUCCAGUCAUCUAUCAAUGCAAGCGCCUUGCACCAAAUGAUCCUUUGAUCUCGUCUCCCUCGGUGCCAUCAACCAAAUGGCGAUCGCAAAUCGACUCUCCAGCAGUGGAAGCUGCUCUCGAAGAAUUCACUCAUCGCAUUGUGGCCGAGUUUGUGACCAACCUCUGGUACGCCAUGAUCACUCCUGACCGAGAAUGUCCUCAGGAAAUCGAAAACAUCAUCAAUGGGGCCAUUGGUGAGGUUUCAGUAAGAGUUAAGCAAGUAAAUCUUAUCACACUUUUAACUAGGGAUAUUGUUGAUGUUAUUGCGAAUCAUCUUGAAGUUUAUAGAGAACUGCAAGCUUCCAUUGGUGCCGACUAUCUUGGCACUCUAUCUACCGAAGAGAGGGAUGAGAAAAUAAAGAAGAGCCUUGCAUCAGCAAAGAAACUUCACCCGGCCGUGAGCUCUGUUGAGAUGGAAAUCCAGGUCCUUCAGCGACUGAUGGGUGGUGUCCUUGCAAUCGUUUUGGGACCUGAAGAAGCGAACUGCAAAAUAGUGCGUUGCUUUUCUCGGGAGUUGCUGGCUUGUGCUGUAAUGCGUCAAGUGAUGAACUUAGCAUGUCCAAGAAUAAUUAACGAGGUAAUUGACUGGCUAGUCGUCUCGCAACGUAGUCGACUAUCAAAGGGCAUCAAAGCGCCAGCCGAAAUUAUUCGCGCCGAUUCUUCUCAAUUUACAGAUUCGGGCAUGCUUCCGACAGACGUUGGGGUAGAAAUGUCUGAAGUUGGAAAGAUUGAAGACGAAGAGAGCAGCAAAAAGGUUUCCACUUCUACAUCCUCGCUAACAGCGCAGUCAAUGAAAAGCGGAACACAUUCAGCACACCACGUCUAUCCAUCGCGUUCAGGAGACUGGGCGCAUGCCCUUGACGUGUUUAACCAGAGAAAAACUCAAGCUCUUGCUCCUGAACACUUGGACAAUUUAUGGGCUAAAGGUCGGAAUUACAAGAGAAAGGAUGCUAAGAAAACGGUGCCUAAAGGUGGUGGCUUGGAACAGUCCACAGCGACGGAAGAAGUGCCCAUCAUUGGUGACAACGACGAAGGAAUGUCCGAACUCCGAGACAUAAGAGAAGGCUCGAGUCUCCUUGAUAAGACAGUGACCGUGGAUAACGACUACUACGGGAGGCCUCGGAAUCAGUCGAAGGUUAUUGUUGUUGGCGAGGACAGUAUCGGAGUGCGUAGCGGGGCCAGCAAGGAGGCAUCAGUUUCACGGGUUAUACAUCAUCCUUUGGAAGUUCCUGAAGCUGGUCACGAAGAAAACAUGCAAAAGACUCAUCGCCAUCGACGAUCACAUAGCAGUGGAGGUGGGGUGGAUCAGGAGAAGUACUCGGAAGCGAGCAAGAAACCAGCACCUGGUGGAACCGUAGGCUAUAAAUCGAAGUUAUCCUGCAAGGUACUUGGUGCUCAUUAUGAAAAAAAUGGAUCGAAAUCUUUCGCUGUGUAUUCUAUCUCCGUGUCGAAUGUUGAAGAGCAAACAUGGGUCGUUAUGAGAAGAUAUCGCAACUUCGAGCAGCUUCAUCGUCGUUUACGAGACAUGCCGCAUUACACUUUGAGCCUACCACCGAAACGGUUUUUAUCUUCCAACCUCGAUAACGCGUUUGUACGCGAGCGCUGUGUUUUGCUGAACAAGUACUUGAAGGACUUGCUGUCUAUUCCAAGCAUAGCAGAGUUGCAUGAAGUGUGGGAUUUUCUUAGUGCCAAAUCUCGGAAUUAUGCGUUUGGCGAUUCCGUCUCGAUCAUGAAAACACUUGCUGUCAAUGUCGACGAUGCUGUGGAUGAUGUGUUCCGACAAAUUAAAGGAGUCUCUGGUGGGGUUUUAGGGACCACUGGAACGAGAAAAAGCAGCUCGCUUAUUGAAAGGAGCGAGCCAAGUCAAACGUGGAAUGCUGCUGCAGUACCAUCUUCAUAUGCAGUAGGCGACGCUGCUACAAAUAGUCAGCCUUCGGAUGAUGAUGGAGAAGAUGGCUAUGGAUCCGGCUGGCAUUCGGACAGUGAAGUGCAUAAUGUGCAGCACAACAGACGGCUAGAAGCUUCUUUUUCCGAUGGCCAUUCCCCUGUAGAGUCCCUUGCCGGGUCCGAGAUGAUCGACGAGCCUGAGUGGAAUCCUCCCAAGGUGACAGUACCUUUGCUUAAUCUUGUAGAUAUAAUUUUUCAGCUCGAAGGCCGUGGCUGGAUCAGGCGGCAGAUCGUGUGGAUCGCGAAACAGGUGCUACAGCUGGGAAUGGCUGAUGCAAUCGAUGACUGGCUUCUUACACAAAUUCAGUAUCUUAGAAGCGAGGACGUCAUUGUGUGUGGAAUCAAAAGACUUCAGCAGCUUCUAUGGCCGGAUGGUAUCUUUCUAAUCAAGCACCCGAAAUUCCAAUUAUCAGCCGAUAAUCAAGCUGCUCCUCAGCUCUCGUUUGAAGAUGAAUUGGAGGCUGCUCGUCGCAAGAUGGUUGUAAGAGAGCUUUUGCAAGAUCAAGCUCCCACUGCGCUGGUCAGUUUGAUUGGAAGAAAACAGUACAUGCGCUGUGCCAAAGACAUAUAUAGUUUUCUCCAAUCCCAGGUCUGCAUCAAGCAACUCGCGUAUAGCCUCUUGGAAAAGGUGCUCGGGGCCGCGUUUCCCGAGCUCGAGGAUCUAAUCCUGGAAGUUCACGGAGCAACUGCGUGAAUCGUUCAAAGUUUUGAUAGCUACAAUCGUGAUCGUUUCACGAGAGGCUGUUAAAAAAGUAUGUUGUACAUUGUUUCUCCUUGUACAUGUAAUUCUUCCAUACCAUACCAUAUCCCGUGGC